CUGUGAUGUCAUUCUGAGGUCACAAAGGUGAUCAGAUGGAGUGAGUUCCAGUCCAGAUGGCCUCAGGUGUCUGUGCAGCAAGAUGAGGGUGGUUUGGAGCCCUGCAUAAGAGGAAGGAGGGGCCACAGCUGAUUGCUGUGUCCCCACAGACUGAACCUUCUGCUGCCCACCAUGGCUAAAAGUGGAGAGGCUCUGCCACAGGGGACCCCAGCGCCAGUCCAGGAUCCCCACCUCAUUAAGGUGACAGUGAAGACGCCCAAGGACAAGGAAGAUUUUUCAGUUAUGGACACAUGCACCAUUCAGCAGCUGAAGGAAGAGAUAUCUCAGCGCUUUAAGGCCCACCCCGAUCAGCUGGUCCUAAUCUUUGCAGGCAAAAUCCUCAAGGACCCUGACUCGCUGGCACAGUGUGGAGUAGGAGAUGGCCUCAGUGUUCACCUGGUCAUCAAGAUGCAGCGCCACUCCAUAGGUACCAAGUGCCCAGCUGCUUCAGUCCCUACCCCAGGUCCAAGUCCUGGAUCACUCCCCCAGCCAAGCUCCAUUUAUGCAGCAGAUGAGCCUCCCACCUUCAGCUUAGGUGUCCUCAGUGGGUUGGACCUGAUGCCUGGUAGCUUUCCUGACCAGCCAAGUUCACUGAUAUGGCAGCAUGUAUCACUGCCUGAAUUUUUGGCUCAGCUUAUUGAUGACUCCUUCAUCCAGGGUCUGCUGUCCAACACGGGGCUGGUAUGCCAGCGGGUUCUUGACAAUCCUCACAUCCAGCAGCUGAUCCAGCAUAACCCUGAGAUUGGACAUAUUCUAAACAACCCUGAAAUCAUGCGACAGACCCUGGAGUUUCUCCAUAACCCUGCCACGAUGCAAGAGAUGAUGCGUAGCCAGGAUCGGGCUCUCAGUAACCUCGAGAGCAUCCCUGGUGGCUACAAUGUGCUUCGCAACAUGUACACAGAUAUUAUGGACCCAAUGCUUAAUGCAGUUCAGGAGCAGUUUGGUGGCAAUCCUUUUGCCACUACCACUACUACUAAUAUCAGUAGCAGCAGCCAACCUUCAAGGACAGAGAAUUGUGACCCACUUCCCAACCCCUGGACUUCCACAUAUGCAGGCUCAGGUGGCAGACAAGGAAGGCAACCUGGAGGCCAAGAUACAUCUGAAAUUAGAAAUAGAGUUCCAAAUUUUCUGGGUAACAUAGGGCUCUAUCAUUACCUGCAGCAAUUACAUGAGACACCCCAGUUCCUGGGGACCUAUCUUCAGGGGACUGCAUCUACUCACAGCCCAAACCAGGAACCACCAUCAUCAGGAAACCGAGUUCCCUCAACUUCAUCCUCAUCCCAGGAGCCUAGGUCAGGCCAGCCUCUCCCCAAGGAGUCAGUAGCAAUCAAGGGAAAUUCUUUUUGUCCAGCUUUCCUGAAAUACCAAUCAGGGAGCAGUACUGGGCAAGAUGGAGGUCAAAAUGCUGCAGGGAAGAGCUCUACUGGCCAUAGCCCUAGCAUGCCUGAUCUUGUGUCUGGGCUAGGCAAUUCUGCCAACAUGGCUCCGUUUGUUCCUUCAUCACCUUCUCCUAUGAGUGUCCCUCCUGGAGUCCCUCACUCUCCCUGGCUUCCACCACCAGGUCAUCCAAGAUCUCUGAGACCAGCUGGUAUAAAUCAGGCUCCCCAGUUGCAGGAUGAGAUGCAUCAACAACUAUCACUACCGAUGAACCUUCAAGCAGCCAUGGGAAACCCCCGUAUCAUGCAAGCCCUGCUGCAGAUUGAACAGGGCCUGCAGACCCUGGCUACUGAAGAACCUCACCUACUCUGCUUCAUGCCUACCCUAGCAAGGGUGGGUGGUGUGGAAGGAGGUACACAGAUUAGAGAAGGUGUCUUUAUGUCCGAGCAUCCCCAGCCAACUCCAGCUCUUCAGAUUUCCACUGUACAGGCCUCUACAGAGUCAAAUUUCCAUUCUACUCCCUUCCUCCAGAUGUUGCAUGCCAUGGCUGGUACCAAUCCCCAGCUACAGCCUGAGGCUCACUUCCGGGUCCAACUGGAGCAACUCAGGGCCAUGGGCUUUCAGAAUCCUGAAGCCAAUCUUCAGGCCCUCAUUGCCACAGGGGGUGAUGUAGAUGCUGCUGUGGAGAAGCUGAAGCAGUAACAGGAGUGCUAGUUUACAGACCUUAUCUGUGGCUUUCCCCUGUAUCCUAUUACCCUCACUCUCCCAUUCUUGAAUACAGUGGCACUAUAAACCAAAUUUACUAUGAUGCAAUUUACUGUGAAGACAGUACGGGUCCAGAGUCAAUGAGGAAGAAGAACUAGAAAGAAGUGUGUGUGUGUGUGUGUGUGUGUGUGUGAGUUUUUCUGCAUAUAACUCAACUACCCCCACCAUUGUAUUACUGUGGGGGCCCCAGUCUGAGCUCUCUGUAUGCCAAUCUUGAGAU